AUGACUCAAUUCUGUGGCGAUGGCGGUGUCGGCAAGACUCAGCUCUGUAUGCAGUACUGCGUUCACGUGCAAAGACCGCCACCGCAUGGUCUGUCCGGUCGGGCCCUCUAUAUCGACACCGAAAAGAACUUCAGACCCGAGAGAUUGCAUGCGAUGGCCGAGUCCUGUCUUAGACUACACCCAGAAUUACAGCAAACCCUUACCGUUGAGGACAUGAAAUCAAGAGUUCAUAUCUUUCACUGCAAUACAAACGCCAAUGAUUUGGUUGAAUUGAUAGUCUCUCGAGUGGAGCCAUUCAUUGAUCAAAAUCCAGAAAUAAAACUCAUUGUCGUCGACAGUAUCGCUCAACUCUUCCGAUAUGACUAUAAGGGAAAGGCUAUUGAAAGGGAUUACCAAUUGUGUGAAAUCGGACAAAAACUCAGACAAAUAGCAUCUCUUAAGAAAGUUGCCAUUGUGAUCACAAAUCAGAUUUCUUACAACACGAAAGAGAAUAAAGACGUGCCAUCACUGGGAAGGUUAUGGCAGACCUAUGUCUACACCAAUUUCAUGAUCAAGAGAUCACCGGUUAAUUCCGAUAGAAUUGGAUACACCUUAAGGAAGAUGGCAUCAGAGAAGCACUUCCAGGAUAUACUCAUGUCAAGUAUACUUAGAAUCCAUUCAAUUUAAAGUUUGAGAAUAAAAUUCAUUUUUAUUAUCAUAUAAACCGGUUAUGACUUAAUAGUCAGUUAUAAAUUCUUUAGCAAAAAACAUAACAAAUUCAUAUUUUUAUAAAUAUGUCAAAAAGUAAUUAAAAUUAUCAUUAAAAACACGU